GUCAGUUGUCAGCCUGCCAGAAUGUCACGCCUCUAUUACAUUCUAGCUGCAAUAAUUGCUUUAAAAAUGGUUCUAUGUGCUUCGCAAAACUAUAAAGAUAAUACUAACAAGUCCCCAUCAAAGGCAGCCACAUUUCAUUUUCCUGAAUACGCGUACAAAGAAACAAGCAAAAAUGAAAUCAUCUAUCAUGACUUUGAGCUUGCCUGUAGCCAGAACUCGCUGUGCGGCAAUAAUCCAUCGAUGGUCUCCAAGCUGAACUGCUUAAGGAAAUGCAUAUCACAUUCGUGCUACCAAGAUAUCUACGCCUUCGAUGAGCUGGAGGAUGGUGAAAUUGAUGUCAGGAUGAAUUCGUUCAAGGGCUGCGUUAUACAGCGCAUGUAGCAUAAGGCGCCCAUCCUGCAUAGGUUGUAUUUCACGAACUAUCUGCAGGAGCUGCACUGGAAGAUAUCCCAGUAUAUUUUAAAAUGGAUAUAAGCUAGCUAGUUACAGCUGUUUUUAGUUAUGUUCUAACUUUAGUUUAAGUACUUCAAUUGAAAUGUGAAAAGAUGUGAGCUUUUAGUUAGUAAUUAAUGUAAGUAGACCGAACAGACCUAUGACUGUUUAUGCAUUUGAAUAUAAUCUAGUCUAAAUAUAGCAUGCUAAGUAUCUCACAUAUGUCAUUUAAUGCAUUAGCUGCUUAAACCACUAUUUAAUAAGAAUAUAUUUACUUUGGCAUAUGCCAAGUCACGAAACAUGUUAAUCUCUUCUACACACUUUAGCUAUUAAUUUGUAUUUAGUUUAAUGGUUACAGGGUAUGCCAGUCAACUGAUACUCUCAAUGCUAGAUCCAUUGCACAUACAAGCUUUAUUAAAAUGGGAAAUAGACGUAUGUAGUUAGGUACAAAUGUGUCAAAUACGUCAUUCGGCCGUACAAUAGCGAGCUAUAUACUUGAGCCUAUUUG